AACCCAAUAGAUGUGCGGCGGGCCGGGUUACGCAAAAAGCCCCAUUGCAAAACCUAGCUCCGUGGAUAUGAAUAGGCUUCAACGUGGACAGGGUGGCAAAAGAUCUGAAGGGAAACCCGUUUUCGACUUUGCUUGUAAGGGAAAACAAGAUAAAACUAGAGAAUAAUAGGCGUUUUAGGGGAGAAACUGCCCAAUGAAUAGAAAGCCGGCGUCGCAAUUUUUAGCAUCAAACAUAGCUUAGUAAAAGAAUCAAUCAAGUGAAAACCUAGCAGAGGAUCUCCGAGUCCGAGUUUUUCUUUCAAAUCUUCAUACAUUAGGGUUUCGGGUGAAUUGGGGCUUUGUGCUUGCAGAUUAUUUGGAAUACGCUUGCUGAAUCGAAUGGCCACAUUUGCGGCUUGUAGGUACACCGGGAAAAUUGGCACGGUUUCAGGAAUCGGGGCUGCUCUCUACAAAUUCAAAGCGUUUAGUGUGGAGGGGAAAUCUAAUACCACCUCUGCGAUCCAGUUCUUAGCUUCUUUAUCUUCUUUUUCUUCGCCUUCUGGAUAUUGCAGAAGAUCUGAUUAUCGGCCGUUUUCUCAGUUCGUGAAGUCUAACUUUUUCCUAGUUGACACAUUGGCUCUGGUUAGGAAAUUAGAAGCUCAGGGCAUACCGUCAAAACAUGCUGAGGCCAUAACAUCUACCAUAACUGAAGUCUUGAAUGACAGUUUGGAGAAUGUGGCUCAGUCCUUGGUUUCUAAGGGCGAAAUACAGAAAAUUGAAAUGACUCAAGAAUCCAAUUUGUCCAAAUUCAAAUCUGAAGUUGAAAGCUCUCAGGGACAUCAUUUUUCUCUCUUGCAACAUGAAACUGAGAAACUUCAAAGUGAUAUAGAAAAGAUGCGCAGUGAACUAAGGUAUGAAAUUGACAAAGUCACUGCUGGACAACGCUUAGAUUUAAAUCUUGAAAGAGGGAGGAUACGGGAUGAGUUAACAAAUCAGAAUGCAGAAACUACUAGCCUCACUAACAAACUAGAUCGGGAAAUUCAUGCACUAAGGGCUCAGUUAGAAGCUGCAAAGUAUGAUGUGAUAAAAUACUGCAUAGGUACCCUUGUUUCUAUUUCAGCUGUGGGUCUUACUGUGAUUCGCAUUUUGAUGUAAGGAGUUUAGCAAAUCAUGCCAUUAGAAAAAAAAAAAAAAUCCAAAAGGCGAAGAAAAAGAAGAAAAAGAAGAUAAAGAAGCUAAGAACUGGAUCGCAGAGGUGGUGUUCAAUUUCCCUUCCACACUAAACGCUUUGAAUUUGUAGAGAGCAGUCCCUGUUCCUGAAACCGUGCCAAUUUUCUCGACGUACCUCCUACAAGUCGCAAAUGUGGUCAUUCGAUUCAGCAAGCGUAUUCCAAAUAAUCUGCAAGCACAAAGCCCCAAUUCACCCAAAACCCUAAUGUAUGAACUCAAAAUUUUGAAGAAAAACUCAGACUCGGAGAUCCUCUGCUACGGUUUUCACUUGAUCGAUUAUUUUACUAAGCUAUGUUUGAUGCCAAAAAUUGCAACCUCGACUUUCUAUUCAUUGGGUAGUUUUUCCCCUUUAUAUGCC